ACAAGGAGCUGGAGUUUGAAUUUUUCCGUUUCACUGCUUCGUUGUUUAGUGUUAGGUUUAUUCUAAGUUAAGAGUUAAUGUCUGAGAUACUUAGCCAUCUCUGACAAAUAAGAGCUGAUGAAUUAUUUCAGUUUGAAACAGAACUGACUUCUUACUUGAAGUUUUUACGUAUUUACUACUCGUUAGAUGACAACACCUCCAAGCAAAAGUAGAAUGGAAUGUAAAAUAUCAGUAGAGGAUGUUGAUAUUACGGAUGAUGAAGUAGAGUGUCUGCGCACGAUCCUUGAAAAUUCAGACUCUGAGCCACCUGGACCAAUGUAUCAAGAUACUAAUAAGCACCUUGCUGAGCUCCUCAUGAAUUCUGGAAAUGAAGAGGAAGCGAACUACCAUUUAUCUGAAAGCCUUGGCACUACCCUACGUAAUCAAGCAUGUUCUCGCACGGAGAUUCAAAUAAAAAAGAGCAAAGGGGAUACAUCCAUGCUGCAAGAUCUAAUAAAACACCUGGAAUUUGGAGGGGGCUGUCACCAUGGUGUCACUGGGCUUAACAAGAGGCUCUCAGAUCUGCCAUCUGAAUGGACAGUACUUCAGCUUACUUUACAAUGGGAUCCACUGUCUCGCUUUCCUCCAAGAAAUAGAGAUGUAAAUCGUGGUCUAGGUACUUUCUUCACACGAUUCUCAUGUGGAGACAUUUCGCAUGAAAUGAAUGAUCUUGGCGAAGGUGGAAAGCCAAUUACUAUAUUCUUACCAACUUUGGAUGAUAAUAAGGAUCGGUUGUCACUUAUGGCAGCAAUGAGAAGUCAUCUGUCUAAAAUGACUAGUUCCAGGAAAGUACAAAGGAGUAAAAUUCAUGAGGAAUGUAGCCUUGGUGUUGAGGCAACUGUAAACGACAUGCAAAUGUGGAUAGGGGGAUGGCAUUGCUUAUUUUUUGGUAGACUAGCAAAUGAAAAACUACAAACUGUCAUAAAAAAUAAUGUGGACUCAAUAAUAUCCUCAUAUGAAAUUGAUUUGAGCAGUGAAGUGAAACAAGAUACUACGUCAAAGUCACAAAGAUUGAAACAGACUAAACAAAUCAUAAAUUUGUCAGAGAAGACCUUAAGGAUAUUGUAUUUAUUAGCUUCAUCUCCAGCAGUAACUCCAAAAGAAUUAUUAGUAGUAAUUUCUACACUUUUAGACGACCAGAGGUUUGCAGUGUAUUUGAGUAAGAAAAUCUGUGAAAUAACUAGUACACAUUCAGCUGCCUUACACGCAGCUAAACGACACCCAGUUGUACUUUUAAUUGAUGAGGAAAUGGACAUACUGCCCUUUGAAGUAAUGUCACCAUUGCAAGAACAACCCUUCACAAGAAUGCCCAGUAUCCAUUUCCUUCAUGCAUAUUAUUUGCUGCACAAAAACACUGUUAUUAGGAAUGGGGUUGAUACUGACAAAUGUUUCUAUAUUAUAAAUCCUUCAAAGGAUCUACCUCAGCUGGAAAAGGUAUUUACGUCUAUUUCGUCAAUUUCUUGUGUCCAAAAGUGGAAAGGUGUUGUAAACAAAAUCCCAACACCAGAAGAGGUUUUAAAGGGACUUCAAGCAAAUGACAUGUUUUUAUACUGUGGGCAUGGCGGUGGAAAUCAGUUUAUACCAAGGGAUAGCAUCGAAAGAACUGAUAUAAAAUCUGUUGUAUUCCUGUUUGGCUGCUCUUCAAGCAGCUUGGAGUGUCUUGGAGGAAGAGUAGAGAUGUCUUCCCUCUUCUACAGUUACUUAAUUGGUGGAAGUCCUUGUGUUGUUGGCAUGCUUUGGCAAGUUCUCGAUUCAGAUGUUAAUGCAAUGACUCAAGAACUGGUCAAAAUUUGGUGUUCCUCUGAAAAAUCCUCAGUGAAAGAAGCUGGUGACUUACAGGCGUUGGAAACAGAGUUUGGAAAUAUGAAGAUAAAUGCGUCCAAAGCAGGAAGACAAAAUACUGGAAAUUUAUCUGAAGCAGUUUCAUUGGCAAGAAGAAAAGCAGUACGUUUUCUCAAUCAAGCAGCUCUUGUAGUACGGGGUUUACCUGUGUUUUCCUUGAGCAAAUCAUAGCACUUACCUGUGAUAAACUACUUGUUCUUUAGAUAAAUUUAAAAUUCUGUCUAGAAAUUUGAGUUGUAUAUUCAGAUUGUAUCUAAAUCAUGGCAUACUUAGGAUAGGUAAUAAAUCUUAUCAAGAAACAAUCAAGUUUCUUUAUUAGUGAUGUUAAUUUGGUGUAAAUUAUUUCAGUCUAUUAAACUUUUAAAAAACUUAA